UUAAGCUUGACUUGUCAGAAACACAAUACUACUACUAUGCUAAGUAAACUAAAAUCACAAAAAAAAUGGCUCCUCAAACACCAAGAUUAGUGAUACCAGUAGACCUGAAGAAGCAACCAUGGGAGCAAGAGUUACCUCUUCAUAAUCGUUGGCACCCUCAAAUACCUCCAGUAGUGGAGGUAAAACAAGGGGAAUUCUUCAGAGUUGAAAUGGUGGAUUGGACGGGAGGUCUUAUCUGCGAUAAUGACUCUGCAUCUGAUGUCAAAUUCAUUGACCUCUCAACUGUUCAUUACUUAAGUGGGCCAAUCAAAGUUUUGGAUGAAGAUGGGGUUCCUGCUAAACCAGGUGAUCUUCUUGCAGUGGAAAUAUGCAACUUGGGUCCUCUGCCUGGGGAUGAAUGGGGAUACACUGCGACAUUUGACAGAGAAAAUGGGGGUGGAUUUUUGACUGACCAUUUCCCUUGUGCUACUAAAGCUAUUUGGUAUUUUGAAGGGAUUUACGCAUACUCACCUCACAUACCAGGAGUGCGAUUCCCAGGUCUAACCCACCCUGGAAUAAUUGGGACAGCUCCAUCAAAGGAGCUCCUGGAUAUAUGGAAUGAAAGGGAAAAUGAAGUCGAAGAAAAUGGUCUCAAGUCGCUAAAGCUGUGUGAGGUUCUGCAUACUAGACCACUAGCAAACUUGCCAUCACCCAACGGCUGCCUACUGGGGAAGGUAGAAAAGGGGACAGUAGAAUGGGAAAGAGUUGCUAAAGAGGCAGCAAGAACAAUUCCAGGAAGAGAGAAUGGUGGAAACUGUGACAUCAAGAAUCUUAGCAAAGGUUCAAAGAUAUACCUUCCAGUGUUUGUAGAAGGAGCUAAUCUUAGCACAGGUGAUAUGCACUUCUCUCAGGGGGAUGGUGAAGUCUCUUUCUGUGGCGCUAUUGAAAUGAGCGGCUUUCUUGAGCUCAAGUGUGAGAUUAUAAGAGGUGGGAUGAAGGAAUACCUAACACCAAUGGGACCAACUCCUCUGCAUGUAAACCCCAUCUUCGAGAUAGGCCCUGUUGAACCAAGGUUCUCAGAAUGGUUAGUAUUUGAGGGCAUUAGUGUUGAUGAGAGUGGAAGGCAACACUAUCUUGAUGCAAGCGUCGCUUACAAGCGUGCAGUACUCAAUGCCAUUGACUAUCUGUCCAAAUUUGGUUACUCCAAGGAGCAGGUCUAUCUCCUGCUAUCUUGCUGCCCUUGUGAAGGAAGAAUAUCUGGCAUAGUUGACUCCCCAAAUGCUGUUGUUACUCUUGCCAUACCAACAGCCAUCUUUGAUCAGGACAUUCGUCCAAAAAGCAGAAAAGUUCCAGUUGGGCCGAGGUUAGUGAAAAAACCAGAUGUGUUGAAAUGCACUUACGAUGGUAAUUUGCCCAUUACAAGGAACCCAGCUGCUUCAACAUGACCAAGAUUGCAAUCAAAAAACACUGUUGCUCUUGAGCAGGCGCUUAUUUUACAACUGUGGAUGUUCAAAAGCAAUAGAAGGGAAAAAUUGUGCCAUUUUCUAAUCUCAUACUAAUUCCAUGUUAUCGAUAUUAAAACAAAAAAAACACUAAACAUCAGAAGAGAAAGUUGAGUGA